CGUGGGAGGGGCUGGGGUGAGAUCGACUGACUUCCGGCCAGGCCGUUGUCUGGGUGGCGCGGUCGAGUCAUCGCUGGGCCUCGCCGCUUGGGUUUCCCAUCCCUCCCCCCGCCCCGGCGCGGGGGGUCGACCAGCCAAGUGGGGCGGGAGGCGACCCGGACGUUCCCCUCCGUUUCGCUCUGGCCAGCUCCCUGGCCCCCCGCACUGGGGUCUGGGGUCCUUGGGGCCCGCGAGGCCCGGUCUGAGGGGCCGGGGCCUACGUGGGCCUGCCGCUGGGCCCCAUGAGGCAUAGCCUGACGAAACUGCUGGCGGCCUCGAGCAGCGACUCCCCAACCCGCAGCGAGAGCCCGGCUCCGGCCGCGACCUGCUUGCUGCCCCCGGACCUGACCCGGGCGGCUGCGGCGGCGGCGGCAGCGGCGGCGGCGGCGGCGGCAGAGGAGGAAGAGACGGCGGCGGUCGGAUCUCCCGGCCGCAAACAGCCGCGCGGCGACGAGGGCGAGUUGGAGGCCGGGAGGGGGGGCCGCGGCGGCGUGGCCGUGCGCGCGCCCUCGCCCGAGGAGAUGGAGGAGGAGGCGAUCGCCAGCGUCCCCGGGGAGGAGACGGAGGACAUGGACUUUCUGUCUGGGCUGGAACUGGCAGAUCUGCUGGACCCCCGGCAACCGGACUGGCACCUGGAGCCCGGGCUCAGCUCGCCCGGGCCUCUCUCCUCGUCCGGCGGAGGUUCGGAUAGCGGCGGCUUGUGGAGAGGGGACGACGACGACGAGGCCGCGGCUGCCGAGAUGCAGCGGUUUUCUGACCUGCUGCAGAGGCUGUUAAACGGCAUCGGAGGCUGCAGCAGCGGCAGUGACAGCGGCAGCGGCGAAAAGAGGCGGAGAAAGUCCCCAGGAGGAGGCGGCGGCGGCAGCGGCAACGACAACAACCAGGCGGCGACAAAGAGUCCCCGGAAGGCGGCAGCGGCUGCUGCCCGUCUUAAUCGGCUGAAGAAGAAGGAGUACGUGAUGGGGCUGGAAAGUCGAGUCCGGGGUCUGGCAGCCGAGAACCAGGAGUUGCGGGCCGAGAAUCGGGAGCUGGGCAAGCGCGUGCAGGCACUGCAGGAGGAGAGUCGCUACCUACGGGCCGUCUUAGCCAACGAGACCGGACUGGCUCGCUUGCUGAGCCGGCUGAGCGGCGUGGGACUGCGGCUGACCACCUCGCUCUUCAGAGACUCGCCCGCCGGUGACCAUGACUACGCUCUGCCCGUGGGAAAGCAGCAGCAGGACCUGCUGGAAGAGGACGACUCAGCGGGAGGAGUAUGUCUUCAUGUGGACAAGGAUAAGGUGUCGGUGGAGUUCUGCUCGGCGUGCGCCCGGAAGGCGUCGUCUUCUCUUAAAAUUUUCUUUUUUAGGUGAUUUCCUUCCUGCCAGGCUCCGUUGUAGGGGUUACAGAACAGUCGUUCCCGCCUCACAACCUGGUAAGGAUCCAUCUCUUCACGUAACGCUCAUGCUCUGCUGCUUAGUCUACUUUAAUGGGCAACAUCUCAAUUUGUGUGUGUGUGUGGGUUUUUUUUUUUUUUUUCUUUUUUGGAACGUGGGAGGGGAAAUCUAAUUUGGGCCCUGUCCACCCUGGAAACAGACUUGUGCUGGUCAAUAAUGUAUUUAAGAUGCUUCUUCUGGUUGAAAUAGCUGUUAAUGUGUCCCCUUGUUCAGACUUGCGUGUACCUAGCUCUUCUGUCCCCAGUGUGGACAUGGCCUUGGAUGACAUCGGUUCCAACUGUACACUGAAAGCUGCUAAUAGAGAUGCAGUUUGGAGACAGUGAAACAGGUGAAGUUGAAUGGAAGUUCCGAGUUGUACAAGGUGCAAAUUGGAAUUCCAAUUUUAGAGCAACUUUUUAGAGGUUGACAAUAAGUAUUUGGGGCUUGCACAAAUGUGAUAGUUAUUUUGCUGGAGAUGACAGAACUAUCUUAAAUAUUUGGGUAUGCCUUUUAGUUUUCAGUAGGAGAUGUAGAAAUACAAUCUAUUUAGAGUAAAAUAUUUUAAUAUCUCACCAUUAAAGAAGUUGGAAAUUAACAUGCAUCUCUAUGUUAAUUGGAGGAAUAAGAAUUGUUAAUGAAAUGUUUCUUUGAGGACCAGCACAGUGAUUACCCUAUCACUGACUAUAAAAAAUUGUUGAACACUUUUACUUUUGUUGUAUUAAAAUUUUAGGUUAAAUUUAUGUAUGAUUAGAUAUUGAAGGUUGUGAAAUGUGAAUGAAAACGUGUAAAGUGAGGCUUCACAAAGAAUCUUACUCUUAUUUCAAAGGUUUUUGUCCUAUUUAAAAAUAAUUUUAAAAAAUGAGUGCUUCUGGCUACUUAAAGACAAAAUUGACACUUUUUCCAAAGAUGGGACAUAUUCUUCGCUUGAAGUACUGUGUUAUUCUUUGUCCAAUUGUAUAGAUUGAGUUACUGUGGCCUUCAGUGUAAGAGGCAUUAAGAAAUUCUUUGUGAAACAUCACUGUUUGAUAAAGUAUAUACAUAUUUAGCAUCCUUGUUUUUCUUUGUGCUAAAGUGGAUACAGCUGUUGGGGCAGAAGAGACGGGACCAGCUGCUGGCCACAUUUCCUGCUUUAUUUUAAAAGGUAGUAUAAGAAAUGAGGAAAAAGAGGUAAUAUCAGGGCUUCUGCUGUCUUUUAUUUUAAAAUGUUCAUAAUUAAAAACUAUUUUCCAGCAGUCCAAAGAUGUAAGUUAUCUUACACAUGUUUUAUUUUGUUGUUAUUUGGUUAUAAAGAUGGAAUCCUUGUUCUUGCACAACUGUAAAUGUUUUGUUGCUAGAUAACACGAUUUGAGACCAACUUGGUCUCUGGUUUCCAGUGCAUUACAGCGUAUUUUGUAAAAUCAUCUACUGCACUUGAGCAUGAAUGGGUAGUAGCCAAAUUCACAACCUGGAGUGAUUAACCUGCUUAUACCUAAGUGCAGGAGCAAGCCCCUCACAAUGCAGCUGCAUGGAUUUUUAGUGCCUACUGAAUUAUAUAUAUAUAUAUAUAUAUAAACCAAAAGUAGUUGGAAAAAUUAUUUGAAAUGACUAAUUUGUGCUAUCUCUAUGGAAUAUGUUAAAUGUAGCUUUUUGAAACAGAAGCCUUGAAUUGAAAUUAAUACUUGAACAUUUUGUAUAUAAUUCUUUGUAUAUAAUUUUGUGCAGUACCAAUGACAAAAAUAUGGUGUCAUAAUAAAACCAGGUUUGUUGAUCUUUCAGUUAUGGGCUCAAAGAAUUUAUUCAUCUCUAACAUGACAUUGGAAAAUAAUGGAUGAAAAUAGGAAAAAUGAUUGUUGUUAAUGCUGACUGUGGGUCUUAAAAGGUUCUGGAAGCACUUAGCAGUGUCUGCAAAAACGAAUCUUUUCCUACAACCUGUUAACUGACUGGACUGAUGGUAACAAAGUAAUUGUGGGAGCCAUGUCGGUCAAAAAUUUGGCAUCUGCUGAAAAAAAAUGAAUGCCAUUUUCAAGUUCCCAAAUUACUUCUAUACUGAUUUCACUUUCCAGAAAUGGAGAUAUGAAAAGAUUCUCUGGAAUCCUUGAAAGACUUAAUAGAAAUACAUGAGACUAAGUUAAUUUUGGAACAGAAUUAUACUUUUUUUUUUUUUGUCUUUCAUGGGAGUGAUGAUCAGUUCUUUGCAUAACUUUCAAAAAUUGUAACCAUUUGAGAAGAGAAUUAUAGUAUUUCAUCAAGGAAUAUUAGAUUCUUUACAUAGUCAAGAACACAUUCUAUGGAAUUACAUUUAGUGGUGUAGUAUUACAUAAACAGGCCAUCAGGGAUCACAGAGCAUAUCAUGAGUUUGUAUUUAUUUCCUGGAACUUGAGAGCCAAUCUGAAGUAUAGGCAGACCUUGCUGAGUAGAAUAUAAAAGUUAAUGUAAAGUCCUUAACUAUAAAGAGUAGUCUUUUUAACAGAUGCAUUGAUUUGUGUAUCUUUGAAAAAAUUAUGAUUAAAUAUGUGAGUAGUUAAUUGCAAUUCAGGGUAAUAGGAUGUUUGCACUCUGAGGUUUGGCUUCUUGAGUUUUCUCUGAGUACUUGACACUUUUUUUUGACUAUUUUGAGGUUUCUUAUGAAUAGUAUCCUAGUUUCUAAUGUUAUAUAUUAAAUGUCUCUAGUGUUAUAUAAGGGCUUUAGUAUUCUGGACGAUGAGAGUGGUUUUUUUUCCACAUAAUAUGGUUGUUUAAUUGAAACAUUUUUCCAGUUUAUUACAAGUGUGAAAAAACACUCAACUCUGGAUUGUUUUAUUUCAUUUUUGUUGGAUUAUGUUAAUACAUUCUUUCAUCUGGUCUAGACUGAGUCAUUUUAUCUUAGUGACUCAUUGGGAAGUUUGCAGAUCAGAGAGGUGGGAGGGGUAGGAGAUCGGCCCAGGAUGAUUUAUCAUAAUAACUACAAAUAACAGUUUGGUUAUUGUAUGAUAUUAAAUCCACUCUGUUUCUUGUAAUCUAAAUUUAGUCUGUGUCUGUGAUGUGAGGCAGCAAAGGGCAUGCCCAGUGGCUUAUACUUGACUGAUGGAUGCUCCCACGGUACAAAUGCUACAGCUCGUUGUAAUUCCACAACCAAAGAUUUGGCAUUAAUACUAGUUGGUGAUGAUUAAGAACAGAGUGAUUCACUGAUAAUGAGUAAUUACCUUUAAAAAUAUGUGAUCACCUAGUUUAGGUGUACUAAACUAGUACUUCCAGUACUAGUACUGGUUUUGGAAGUACUAGUUUAAGGUCUCUGAUUCUUGAAAGUUGAAUAGGUAGUAAAAUACUUUCAAGUGCUUUUUUCCCCCACACUCAUCAAAGUUUUGAGACCCUCCCAAAUGUUUAUAUUUCUAUAUUUUACUGUGCAGUUUUUUCUUCAGAAGCCAGGUCGUUAUCAUCCAAGCUAGGGAUCAAAACGGGGAGGUCUUCCAUUAGAAACUUGUAGAACGUUUUGUGUGGCCUGCACAGUAUUUUUCACAUAUUUGAACUUGACUGUCUCAGUCCUCUCUCUGGCAGUUACUUGUUACUGCCUUACAAUACCAGACUGCUCUCAGCUCUGACCUAGACUACAAAUGGUCAUUUACUUUCAGUUUUGAAAUGCAGAAAAAUUAAACCGGAUAUAAUUUAAAUUCAGAAAGUAAAUAACUGUCAGUAGGAAUAUAGAUCAUGCAAUAUUAGAGAAAAACAGAUAUUUAAAAAAAUACAUAGGUUAAUAGAAAGUUGCUUGUGAACCUGCCUUUGCCUUUUUCAUUGCUUUGGUUACUGAUAAGUUUUUUAUUCCUUUUUACCUUUCCCUAAUUUGUACAUUCAAGAUUUCUUAGAGCCAUUUUCCCCACUUUUUAAAAGGAAACCAGUUUACAGUUGACUUCAAUAAUUUUUGUAGUUUUGUUGACCCGAAGUAAUUUUUGUUGAAAAUUAUUCUGCUUAAUUUUUAAUCUAAUUUAAAAAUGUAGUCUGUAAUGGUGUUCUAAAAAAUUGUGUAGUUGUGUUAAUAUGCAUAGAUUUGAUUUUUAUUGGUGGCCCAAGUUUUCUUUACACUGCCUUUGAAUUUUGCAUCUUUGCUGUAUACCCACGGAGGUCAAUUUCCUAGACCUCUCUGGCUUUUAAUGUUCUAUAGUUUGGGGUUUACAAAUUAUAUUAAUAUCUGAAGUAUAAUAUAAUGAGUCCUCUUUCUUAGAGCCAGAUAACUACACCAAGUAAAUUGUAAAAGAUGGAUUUAAAUAGUUUAGUAUGACUGAACUAAAAAACUGCCUUCCUGACUGAGGCAGUGUUCUUUAGGUCUUAGCUACAAAUGACUGUUCCCUAAAUUGUAACACAGAUCACAGCAAGUUGACAUGUAUUUAUCUGCCCCCAACCAAAAAUUUUUGUAGACCUUGUAGCAACAGAUGUAAAAUAAUACGGUCUUUGCUUACGUUGCCCAUUUUUACUAACUGAAAAGAUUUAAAAAAUACAUGGUAGAGGACAGAUUCUUGAAAGGAAUUCUUUUUGGUUACAGAAACCAUUGCAAACUCUUCUAUUUAUAGAAGGUAUUAUGCUAGAAUGUGUCAGGAUAAGAAAACAAUUUGUAGGGCACCUGGGUGGCUCAGUUGGUUAAGCGACUGCCUUCGGCUCAGGUCAUGAUCCCGGAGUCCUGGGAUGGAGUCCCAUAUCAGGCUCCCAGCUCAAUGGGGAGCCUGCUUCUCCCUCUGACUCUCUCCCCUCUCAUGCUGUUUCUCUCUCGCUCGCUCUCUAAUAAAUAAAAUCUUAAAAAAAAAAAUUUGUACUGAAUUACCAAUUCAGUUAUAUCAGUGGCUUUUGAAUUAUCUAAGUUGAUAGCACCAUUCUCCUUUUUUUAAGGAGUCUAAUUGAGUAAUUUGGGUUUAUUUUUGAAGUCAGGAACUACUUUUAAUUCAUUUUCUUCUCUGCUGUGAUAAGUAGAACUCUCCUUUAAAUAAAAAUGAUAGAAUGUAAAUAGAAGUGUGUAAUUUUGGGUCAGAGAGUAUGUUCAUUAUAGAAAGCAGAAAAUUCAGAAAGAAAUCAAAACAAAAAGAAAAAUUACCCCUAAUUCUGUAACCCAGAGAAUAUUCAUGGCAAAAUAUAGAUUCUUUUGCCUCAUACUUGGGAUCAUUUCAUAUAUGUUUGCUAGGGAAUACACUUCCAGGCACUUGUUGAACUUCAGCUUUGCUUUCUGAAAAAUUUAAAAUGUAUUUUGUUAAUUUCAUUUGAAUUUUAAAAUCUUUAGCUGGACUGCUUUCUCUUUGAAGAGACCCUGAAAGCCUGUCUUCACUCACAAGGCUGCCUUUUCUAGGUGACAAGCUAAAUUCUCCUUUCAUAUAAUUAUGAAAUUAUAUAGCAUAAGACUAUUUAACAAAUAUUUCACUAUAUUUGAAAGGGAUAAUUAAGAUGCUUGUGAAUAUGAUCUGGGAUGGUACUUAACUGUAUUUGGUAUGACUGGCUUAUUUCAUAAGUAUUGGUCUAGAUCUAUAUUGUUCAUUACUGUAGCCAUUAGCCACAUGUGGCUAAAAAAUUUAAAUUAAUAAUUAAUUUUAAAUUCACGUAGCCAGUUGGCUACUUACAUUUCAGGUGCGCAGGAGCCACAUAUGGCUAGUAGCUAACAUUGUCAGUCAUGUAUAAAACAUUUCCGUCAUCACACAAAGUUCUGUUGGACAAUGCUGAUUUAGAUGCUGUCACAUAAGACAAUGGUUUGAAGAACUGAGUUGAAAAGUUUCACGAAGGGGAGCACAAAAGGUCACUUCAAAAAUUUAAAUGAUCUGUCUUGGGAAAUGAGGAAUAUUAGACUAGGCUAUUUUAGAAAACAAAACCAGGAACAAUAGGAAGAGUAUAGCUACCAUUUAUGUCAGGUGCUGUGUUAGUCAAUUUCCAUAUAUUAUGUAAUAUCAGUCCUGAGUUAGGUUACUGAUGAAGAAACUGAGAACCAGAGAAAAGAGGUUAACUUGCUUAACAUCACACAGCUGAAAAGAAGAGGCCUAGGUAUGUGAUCCCAAAGAACUGUUCCACUAAAUGGAAGCUUCAAAGGUAGAAUUUGCCUCAAUCUUCCAAGAAUAUAGCUUUCCAAAGACAAGAGGACUCCAGAAGUAGGUAACUAUAUCAUUGUAUCACUGUAUCAGUCAGUAUAUGGGCUCUAGCUGAGCCUAUCAUCUUUCAGACUACUGGAAUUGAUUCCUCUCUGAGGAAGGUUGUUAAAUAUGUUCUAAAUUUCUAUGGAUUAAUAAUACCUAUGGAAACAGUGAAUUGGGAAAAUGAAGUGAACAUUUGCUGUAGUGAACUAAUUCUCAUCCCCACCUCCCAUUUUCAUUCCUGCUUGGGUUCUUUAUGAGGUCUUAAGUAAAAACUGCUGUAUGGUUAUUUUUCCUGUUACAGACCAAAAUAUGGUUUAAUGUAAAGGAGUGGGGCAA